GUGGCUGCUGCUGAUCUUUGUGCGAACGAAGCAGUAGAUCGGUCGCAGUUAGUAACAGACAGCAACACAUACAGUGACGCAUAAGACGGCGGGAGAGACCGGUUUGGGAUCCGAAAAUUCGCCCAUACACCGGCUAUACAGUGACACCGACGGCCUUACAAUGGUCAUCUGAAGAGUGGGACUGCAUUCCGUCUCUUGACUGACAACCAGCUUCCUAAGGCUCUGCUGCUGCUGCCAGAUGGACUGCAAACUCUGAGGGUUGAGCGUGUAAGGACCAAAAUCAUCUGUGGAGAGCAGCUGGGGGGAGUUUGCUCAUCGGAGCAGGCAAGGGAGGGCAUUGGUAGGGAGAGGAGAAGACAAGGGCUGGCACAAUGUCAUCAAACAGGACCCAGAACCCCCAUGGACUGAAACAAAUAGGCCUCGACCAGAUAUGGGACGACCUGCGGGCUGGCAUCCAGCAGGUAUACACGCGACAAAGCAUGGCCAAGUCGCGCUACAUGGAACUCUACACACAUGUAUAUAACUAUUGUACCAGCGUCCACCAGUCCAGCCAGGGCAGGGGCUCUGUGCCUCCAGCGAAGCCCUCCAAAAAGUCCAAUACUCCGGGUGGGGCUCAGUUUGUAGGCCUGGAGCUCUACAAGCGACUCAAAGAGUUUCUGAAGAACUAUUUGACCAGCCUGCUUAAGGAUGGCGAGGAUCUAAUGGAUGAAUGUGUGUUGAAGUUUUACACCCAGCAGUGGGAGGACUAUCGUUUUUCUAGCAAGGUCCUCAAUGGGAUCUGUGCCUACCUCAACCGUCACUGGGUCAGACGAGAGUGUGAUGAGGGCCGCAAGGGUAUCUAUGAGAUAUACUCGCUGGCACUCGUGACCUGGAGGGAGUGUUUAUUCCGACCUCUCAACAAACAGGUAACAAAUGCUGUCUUGAAGCUGAUAGAGAGAGAGAGGAAUGGCGAGACCAUAAACACGAGGCUGAUCAGUGGUGUCGUCCAGUCUUAUGUUGAGCUGGGCCUGAAUGAGGAGGAUGCCUUUGCCAAAGGCCCUACGCUGUCUGUGUACAAAGAGUACUUUGAAUGUCAGUUCCUCACUGACACAGAACGUUUCUACACACGUGAGAGCACAGAGUUCCUGCAGCAGAACCCCGUAACAGAGUACAUGAAAAAGGCCGAGGCCCGUCUUCUGGAGGAGCAGCGGCGUGUGCAGGUUUACCUCCACGAAUCUACCCAGGACGAACUCGCCAGGAAGUGUGAGCAAGUCCUUAUUGAGAAACACCUGGAGAUCUUCCACACGGAGUUUCAGAACCUCCUGGAUGCAGACAAGAAUGAAGAUCUGGGACGGAUGUACAACCUGGUGUCACGUAUCACAGACGGUCUAGGAGAAUUGAAGAAACUUUUAGAGACUCACAUCCACAACCAGGGCUUGGCUGCCAUUGAGAAAUGUGGAGAAGCUGCCCUCAACGACCCCAAAGUCUAUGUGCAGACCACCUUGGAUGUCCAUAAGAAGUACAACGCUUUGGUUAUGUCUGCUUUCAAUAAUGAUGCUGGCUUUGUGGCAGCUCUUGAUAAGGCAUGUGGUCGCUUCAUCAACAAUAACGCUGUUACCAGAAUGGCUCAGUCAUCCAGCAAGUCUCCUGAGCUGCUGGCCAGAUACUGUGACUCUCUACUGAAGAAGAGCUCCAAAAACCCAGAGGAGGCAGAGCUGGAAGACACACUUAACCAAGUGAUGGUUGUCUUCAAGUACAUCGAAGACAAAGAUGUCUUCCAAAAGUUUUACGCCAAGAUGCUGGCCAAACGCCUGGUCCACCAGAACAGCGCCAGCGAUGACGCAGAGGCCAGCAUGAUCUCCAAACUCAAGCAAGCGUGUGGGUUUGAGUACACAUCCAAGCUACAGCGAAUGUUCCAGGACAUUGGAGUUAGCAAAGACCUGAACGAACAGUUCAAGAAACACCUGACCAACUCGGAGCCCCUGGACUUGGACUUCAGUAUUCAGGUUCUGAGCUCUGGGUCUUGGCCUUUCCAGCAGUCCUGCACCUUCGCUUUGCCAUCGGAGCUGGAGCGAAGCUAUCAGCGUUUCACAGCGUUUUAUGCCAGCAGACACAGCGGCAGGAAGCUGACUUGGCUCUAUCACCUGUCCAAAGGAGAGUUGGUCACCAACUGCUUUAAGAACAGGUACACUCUGCAGGCUUCCACCUUCCAGAUGGCCAUCUUGCUGCAGUACAACACGGAGGACAGCUACACUGUCCAACAGCUCACCGACAGCACACAGAUCAAAACUGACAUUCUAGUUCAGGUUCUGCAGAUCUUGUUAAAAUCAAAACUGCUGGUUUUGGAGGACGAGAACGCCAAUGUAGACGAGGUGGAUUUCAAACCUGACACAAUCAUCAAGCUUUUCCUCGGAUACAAGAACAAGAAGCUGAGGGUGAACAUCAAUGUCCCAAUGAAGACAGAGCAGAAACAAGAGCAGGAGACUACUCACAAGAACAUCGAGGAGGACCGAAAGCUCCUCAUUCAGGCUGCCAUAGUGAGGAUCAUGAAGAUGAGGAAGGUCCUGAAGCACCAGCAACUCCUUGCUGAAGUCCUGAACCAGCUGUCAUCCCGAUUCAAACCCAGAGUCCCUGUCAUCAAGAAAUGCAUCGACAUCCUAAUCGAGAAGGAGUACCUAGAAAGAGUGGACGGCGAGAAGGACACUUACAGCUACCUGGCCUGAACACCUCCAAUGCCAGCUCUCCUAUUUUUUUUUUCUUUUCUUCUUUUUUUUAUUUUAUGUCUGAGUAAUAAAGGAUGUGGAUAUCUCUGAGUGAUGGAUAUGUGAGUGUGACCGCCCCAAUAUGACAACCACAAUCACCAACCUGCGGGUCCGAACGGUCUGUUCUGUCAGUGAUGGAGAUCAGAACAUCCCCUCUUCCAGACACUCGCCUGUCCCAUCCCAUCUGUAUGACUCACUCUGUUGUCAUGUUGUAAAUAACAACCACAGACUCUUAAGAGGAACAAACCCUGCUCCCUUCUUUACAUAGCGCAGAUGUACUGACUUAGCCUACAGCCAAUCGGAGGAGAGCCGCAUCCAAAGGUUUCUGCAUGCUACUGCCUACCUGCACCACAGUGACCAUGAAAAAAAAGAUUAAGUAAAAAUUAGAGUUGAGUCACUGGGGGGCUGAUGCAGUCCACUGCACGACCACCAGACCGGAGGAGGUGAGUUUAGAGCCACCACGAUGCUUCUUCCCCCACUGGAGGUCGGUUGGGUUCAUGCAGGUCUGCGUCAUUACUGAACGGUGGACAUUUGUAUAGUGUGGUUCAUUUUCUAAAUGUGUGAUAAAUAAAAACAAGGAAAGAUUUCUCUAA